AAUUAGCGUAUCUGAUAACGUGAAUACUUAUAGUUUAGUAAGAAGUGUAAUGGAAAAAACCACUAACAAUGUGUGAAAAGAAAUUGCCAAAAUACGCGCUAUGACACGUCAUUCUCCUUACUUAACAUUCAACUAAAACCUUUUGCAUGUGUGAAAAAAUGUGUUGGUAUUGAAACGUCGCGUCGUUUUCAAUAAAUGUUCACGUUCUAUCGCUCAAUUAUAUUCAGUUUGAAAUUACUCGUCAACGAAAGCAGUUGAAAAGGAAGUUGAACAAAGUAAAUAAAUAAGAUUGCUAAUUAAAGUGAAAUUGAUACAACGGAAAAGUUUUUUGAAAUUGACAAUUUUUUGAAGUUUUACAAGCAAGGAAACAAAUUACAAUUUCAAAAGUACGUUGUGAAUCAUUAAAUCAAAAGACUAUAGAAACAAACAAAGAGAAAAUAAUAAAUAUAUCGGUUGCAGUUUAAUUAAAUUCAAGUGAUCGUGACUCAGAUUUUAGAUAAGGAAAAUAAAAAGAAAGAGCGAACUUAACGAGAAUUCUCGAAAUGAGUUUUCAACGAUUUUUGAUUGUGCAAAUUUUACUUUGCAUGGUAAAAAAUUCGUACGAGUCUCGAAUAUUGGUAAUAUUGCCAAUACCAUUUAAAGAACAUCAGACAGUGUAUCAGCCACUUAUUGAGAAUCUUCACAAACAUGAACAUGAAAUCACAGUAUUGACAACAAAUCCAGUUUUCAAAAGCCGCGAUGGAAUCGUAUUUCGUAAUGUGACGGAAAUUGACCUCAGCUUUGUUUACAAUUUGAAUAUUCUCGAUGAGCUUCGAGAUGUCGAUCUUGAAGGAUCGGAAAUGUUGAAAACUAUUUUUAAUGUUAUGAGAAAAAUUUACGAAGUCGAGUUAAAAAGCCCGAAGGUGGAAGAACUUUUUAAGCUUCGUGCUGGUCACUUUGAUCUCGUAAUAGUCGAUUGGUCUGGCAGUUCAUCACUUAUGAAUAUUUUUGCUCAUCAUUUCAAAGUACCUUUAGUCGCUAUAACUAAUGGUGAAGCUUUUCCCAAUGUCCAUGAAGCAUUUGGAAAUCCAAGCCACCCAAUUUCGUUUCCAAGCGUCUUUUUGCCAUUCACCAAAAAUUUGAAUCUCCUGCAACGUAUUUCAAGCGUAUUGUUCACAAUAUGGUAUCGAUUUUAUUAUUUCACUGAAGAAAUUCCAUUGCAAAAUGAAAUAAUCAAAAAUGUUCUCAAUGAAGAGAAUGCGCCUAAUAUGUGGGAGAUUGCAAGCAGUGCAGAUUUAUUACUCAUAAACUCUUAUGAAAUCUUAAACAACAUCCGUCCUAUUGUCCCAACGACGAUCUAUUUGGGUGGAAUUCAUCAGAAAGCUGAAUUGAAGCCAUUAUCAAAGUCUUUGAAAAAAUUCCUUGAUGAAUCUGAAAGGGUUGUUUAUGUUAGUUUGAGUAAUGGAUUCCAUCAAGAUAGACAUCGAUUCGAGAAGCUUUUGACGACACUUGAAAAAUUUGAUGUUGAUAUUGUGUGGAAUAUAAACGAUGACUACAUCAAUACAACUUCUAGAAUGUAUCAAAGUAAUAAGAUUGACCAGGAAGGCAUUUUAGCUCAUCCAAAAACGAUUCUUCAUGUCACUGAUGGUGGUCAACGUAAUAUUGAAGACUCAAUUCAUCACACAGUACCAGUUUUUGGCAUCAGUUACACCUUAAUAUAUGAUCACUACCUUCAACAAAUCGAGAAAUUCGAAUGCGGUCUAAUAUCAGUCAUUGACUUUGAUAAUCAAAAUGAAGUCGAAAAUAAGCUUGAGGAAAUAAUUUCGUCUAUGCGAUUUAAAUCGAAUGCGGUUAAACUUAGAAACCUGAUUAUUGAUCAACCGAUCGGAAAUUCUGUUGAACGUGCCACGUGGUGGAUAAAUUACGUGAUACGGAACGGAGGAACUAAACAUCUUCUAAGUGAACACAAAACACUGAGUUGGAUGAAAUAUCUCAUGCUUGACGUUUUAUUUGCUCUUUUACUUGGGUUUGCGUCCAUGCUGUUCUCAUUCGCAUAUAUCAUUGAACGAAUAAGAAGAUAUUCGAAAAGUUUACCAUAUGAGAAAGUUACACGCGGAUCAAAAUCUAAAGUGUUAUGAUUCAUGGGACGUUUUCAUAUGUUCACUAAGGUUGCUUCUCAUCCCGACAAACGCUUAGAACUUUAAGUAGGAAAAAAGACUAUUAUGUUGUUGUGAUAAAUCAUAAUUCUUAAGAGAAAUGAAUCAUGUUGAUUUCAAUACUUGAGAAAAGUAACACAAAGAACGUUUUAAAUUAAGUUCUAAUUGACAAUUGCGAGUGUUCUAUAAGGCCAUUUAAAUUAAUCAAAAAUAUAGGAAAUCUUCUUAGUCAUUAAAAUUAAAUUACAGUUUUUAGAUGUAAGUGUAGCUAUAAUAGUGAGAAAAAUAAAUUAUCUUAAUCAAAACGCUUACAAAGUAAACUAAUAAAAUGUUUCAGUGACUUCCUAAAUUAUUUUUCUGAUUUUCAAUUGUCUCAAUUAUCUGAAAAUGUAUCUAAGUAAUAAUCGUACAAGCACCUUUUUUUCUUUCCAGUAAGAACUCAUUUUCACUUUAACAGUAUAAUAAACCUUUUAGCCACUUCUUGUUUAAGAAAUACGCAAAUUUUCUUUCAGUCUCUCGUAAAAGUAUUAAGAGAAAUAUGAUUAAAAUCUAUAAACAUUAAUUCAAAUCGGUACAGUUAUAACUCAACUGAGAUCAUAAUUUUGACAUUGAUAUUUGGUUCAGCGGUAGUCAAAAAAUGUAAAGAAAGUUUCAUUUGGCGAAGCAUUU